AUAUAAGGCGCGCGGCGGGGGCGGGGUAAGCAUAGCGUUACGUGCUCGAGCCCGUGAGUCGCGCUCCUCGUUCCUGCCUCGCGAGCCUCGGUGAAAGGAUUUGGCGCCAGGCGGAUCUCUUUCUGCAGCUGCCGCAGCCAUACGAGCCAGCCGCCUACGCCCAGACCGCAUCGAGUCCCUGCCGUCGCGCUGCCGCCAUGAGCUGCUCGCCGGUGAACGUGAAAAAGUUGAAGGUGUCUGAGCUCAAGGAGGAGCUGAAGAAGCGGCGCCUCUCCGACAAGGGCCUCAAGGCCGAUCUCAUGGAACGGCUCCAAGCCGCGCUCGACCAGGAGGAGGCCGGUGGAGGGGGCUUAGCCAGCACCGAGCCCGGCAAUGGCAACAUCGAGGAGUUGGGGGAAGCCGCUCCGGGCAGCGGAGGUGCCCAGGAGGAAUUGCUGAUGGCUUCGGGAGGCGGAGGCCCCGACCAGGCCGCGGCCUGCGACGACGAUGAGGAGGCGGAGUUCGGCGGCCAGGGAGAGGAGGAGGAGGACGAAGGCAUGGAGCUGGGCGAAGAGAACGGCGAGGGGGUGGCCGCUGGUGAAGAAGAGGCGGCCGACGAGCUAGAAGACGACGAGAACGGCGACGACCAAGGCUUCCAGGAGGGGGAAGAUGAGGACGAAGACGCCGGCGCCGCCGCCGCCGCGUCCACCACUAGCAGCAGCGGGAACGCCAAUGGCCAUGGCGCCGUGGGGAAAGAAUUGUCUGGCAAGGCCGCCGGCGCUCCCGAGGCCUCGGCUUCGGUUUCGGCUUCGACUCCUGCGUCCUCGGGUCAGCCCGGCGCCAAGCAGCUUUCGCCUACCCAGCAGCCGCAGCAGCAAAAGACUGGAGGGCCCGCUCGCCCUGCGGGAGAAACUAAACCUGAACAAAAACCUGGUGAGAAAAAAAGGGGAGUGAAAAGACCACGGGAAGACCACGGACGAGGCUAUUUUGAGUAUAUUGAAGAAAACAAAUAUAGCAGGGCCAAAUCACCACAGCCACCUGUUGAAGAAGAGGAUGAACACUUUGAUGACACAGUGGUUUGUCUUGAUACUUAUAACUGUGACCUACACUUUAAAAUUUCAAGAGAUCGCUUUAGUGCUUCUUCAUUAACUAUGGAAAGUUUUGCCUUUCUCUGGGCUGGAGGACGAGCCUCCUAUGGAGUUUCGAAAGGAAAAGUCUGUUUUGAGAUGAAAGUAACUGAAAAAAUUCCUGUUAAGCAUCUGUAUACAAAAGACAUUGACAUACAUGAAGUAAGAGUUGGCUGGUCACUCAACACAAGUGGGAUGCUGCUUGGUGAGGAGGAAUUCUCUUAUGGAUACUCCUUAAAAGGGAUAAAAACCUGCAAUUGUGAGAUUGAAGAUUUUGGUGAGAAAUUUGAUGAAAAUGAUGUGAUUGGAUGCUUUGCUAAUUUUGAUGGUGAUGAGGUGGAAUUCUCUUACUCAAAGAAUGGGCAGGACCUUGGAAUUGCUUUCAAGAUCCCUAAAGAAGUUCUUUCUGAACGGCCCAUUUUCCCACAUGUCCUCUGCCAUAACUGUGCAGUGGAAUUCAACUUUGGCCAGAAGGAUGAGCCUUAUUUCCCCAUACCAGAGGGGUAUACAUUCAUCCAAAAUGUUAAUCUGGAAGAUAGAGUUAGAGGACCUAAAGGACCAGAACAUAAGAAAGACUGUGAAGUGGUCAUGAUGAUUGGUUUGCCUGGGGCUGGGAAGACUACAUGGGUCACCAAACAUUCAGCAGAGAAUCCUGGAAAGUACAACAUCCUUGGAACAAAUACUAUUAUGGACAAAAUGAUGGUUGCAGGUUUUAAGCGGCAAAUGGCUGACACUGGAAAACUUAACACAUUGCUUCAAAGAGCACCUCAGUGUCUUGGCAAAUUUAUUGAGAUUGCUGCUCGUAAGAAACGGAACUUUAUUCUGGAUCAGACAAAUGUGUCUGCAGCUGCGCAGAGGAGAAAAAUGUGCCUGUUUGCAGGCUUCCAGCGCAAAGCAGUUGUUGUUUGCCCAAAAGAUGAAGACUACAAGCAAAGAACACAAAAGAAGGCAGAGGUGGAGGGAAAAGAUCUUCCAGAGCAUGCAGUGCUCAAAAUGAAAGGAAAUUUUACUCUGCCAGAGGUGUCAGAAUGUUUUGAUGAAAUAAUCUACGUAGAAUUGCAAAAAGAUGAAGCCCAAAAACUUCUGGAGCAGUACAAAGAAGAAAGCAAGAAGGCCCUUCCUCCAGAAAAAAAGCAGAAUACUGGUUCAAAGAAAAGUAAUAAAAAGAGUGGUAAAAACCAGUUUAACAGAGGUGGACAGAGAGGACGUGGUGGAUUUAACAUGCGUGGCAACUUCAGAGGAGGAGUCCCAGGAAAUCGUGGCGGCUAUAACAGGAGAGGUGGCAAUAUGCCCCAGCGUGGAGGUGGUGGUGGCAGUGGUGGAGCCAUAGGCUAUCCAUAUCCUCGUGGACCUGUCUUCCCAGUAAGAGGAGGAGGUGGCGGUGGAGGCUAUUCAAACAGGGGAAAUUAUAACAGAGGUGGAAUGCCCAACAGAGGGAACUAUAAUCAGAAUUUCAGAGGAAGGGGAAACAAUCGUGGCUACAAAAAUCAAUCUCAGGGCUACAACCAGUGGCAGCAGGGUCAAUUCUGGGGUCAGAAGCCAUGGAGUCAGCAUUACCACCAAGGAUAUUAUUGAAUUCCCAAAUAAAAAUGAACUGAUCCAUAUUUCUUCAAAACCUUCACAAGAAAUCGACUGUUUUCUUUAGUAGGCUAACUUUUUAAACAUUCCACAAGAGGAAGUGCCUGCAGGUUCCUUUUUUAGAAGCUUUGUGGGUUUUGGUUUUUGGUUUGUUUUUUUUUUGUACAUUUUUUAAUUGCAGUUUUAAAGUGAAUCUUAAAAGAACCUUAGCAUUGUGCACGAUAAGCGAAUGUGUCAGUAUUUCAGGGUUCUUACAUUUUAUCUGUAAAAUGUGAUUUUUUUUUACCACAACAAAAGUAAAAUGUUGCUUUGUAUCUGGUGUCCUCUGAUUAAAGAUUUUUUUUUCUCCCCUCCCUCCCCUCAAUUUCUAGGAAACAGUCGUGAGUCAUCAAAACAGAAUAUUUAGCAACCAGGCUAUUUUGUGCCUCCCCUCCCCAAAUAAUACAAUGUAAACAAUAUUCAUUACACUCCAUCUUCCACUCCAUUCUCUACGCAGUUUUUAGGUAUGGAAGAGGGAAGAAAAAUCAAAACAGUCUUGGCAAUAAAGAAAGGGAUAUUCCUGUUGUUGUUUUUUUGAUCUGGCAAAGGUUUUUGAAGAGGUAAAACAAACCUUAAAGCUAAAUAGUGAAGGUGGAGUGCACAUCUAAUCUGGUUGCAUCUGUCUGUAGAGGCUCAACUUGUGAAGGUACACACCAUCAACAACUUUUUUCCAUUGUUCUGCAUUUUGAUUCUGAAAAAGCUGGCUCUGCCCAUUUCUUAUUAAACAAACUUGUUGUAAAUCCAGUUGUCUAAUGGGAUCUAUAUGAAGUUAGCUGUGUGUCUGUAACCUUUCCCCACAAAACUGUGUAUUUAGUGUGCUUGUAGUAGUAUUCUCCACCAUUUUGUAAACAAAUGAACUUGUGAUUCACCCAUUUUAUAUCUAAUUUUUAAUCAUGUUAGUUUUCAGAUGGGUGUGUCUCCUUAGCCUGCUGAUUUACUUUAAAGAAAGUGGGUGGAGAAAUUAACUUUAGCCGUUUGUUUGCAAUAAAAUAAAAUCAUUUUACUCUUA